GAGUCCCUGAAUUGCAACACAUGUUCUGUGGGGAUCACCAGUGUUUGUCUGAUUGGUUCAACUACAACAUGUAGCACCUCUGAGCACAACUGCUACAGCGGACAAGCAGGUACUGACCCUGUGGUUUCAUCCAAGUAGAAAUCUACAAUAAAAAUAGGUAAUUCCUAGGUUUUUACUGUGUAAUUACCGUUGCACCAAAUAAUUUCUCUGCUAAUACCUAGUAAUUUCUGUAGCGGUAAAAUAAAGUGCUGUCUACUCAAACAAAACCACUGUAUUUACAAUUGCUCCUCCUCUAUUCCUUCUUCCAGUGUUCAACAUCAGUAGCAUCAAGCGCAAGGGCUGCCUGCCCACAAAUGUCUACACCACAUCCACUUCUGGCAUCCUGGGAGCCGGCUACACCAUCUCACAGACCUGCUGUAGCACCAACCUGUGCAACGGUGCUGGCUCCGUCCAACUACCUCUCACAGCCCUGGUGGCCAUCUGGAGCACCUUCGCC